UGACCAGAGGGGGGCGGAAGCGUUCGUUAGCGCUAACAUCCGCCGAACCGCCGCCAUUAUCUCUGCAGCGGAAGAAGGAAGGCGAAAAUAGUUGGAACACAGAGAAAUUAAGUCAGUUUUGGAUCAAUUCUGCCAUGGAGGUUCCUGGAGCCGACAGCGACUGGAGGAGCCCUCAGUUCCGACAGAAAGUCGUGGCUCAGAUUGAAGACGCCAUGAGGAAGGCCGGCUCUGGAAACACGACACACAAGUCUGGGACGGACAUGGAGAACCACGUCUUCAUCAAAGCCAAGACCAGAGAGGAGUACCUGUCCCUGGUGGCCCGGCUCAUCAUCCACUUCAGGGACAUCCAUAAGAAGGCGCUGGGAGGAGCCGAUCCCAUGAAUGCCCUGACUAACCUGACAGGGGUAGGCGGGGGCAUGGGCAUGGGGCCCCGGGCCCCAGGCGCCGCGGUGGGGGGCAUGGGGGCCAUGGGGCAGAUGCAGCUAGGCCAGCAUGCCAUGGCCGGGGUGCCGGGAAACCCACAAGCCAUGGGCGCUCCGGGCCAGAUGUCGGUGCAACAGAUGGUGCAGCAGCAGUCCAUGCAGUUCCAACAGUUCCAGCAGCAGCAGCAGCAGCAGCAGCAGGCGCAGCAGAACGCCGCGCUGCAGCAGCAGCAGCAGCAGUUCCAGCAGCAGCAGCAGCAGCUCCGCGCUCUGCAGCAGCAUGCCCAGAACCAGCAGCUGCAGCAGCAGCAGCAACAGCAGCAUGUCCAGAACCAGCAGCAGCAGAACCAGAUGCAUCAGACGCGGAUGCAGCAGCACCAGCAACUGCAGCAACUGCAGAUGCAGCAGCACCAGGCCCAGUCCAUCCAGCAGAUUGUGCAGCAGCAGCAGCAGCAGGUCCAGUCGGGUCAGAUGCCUCCUCACUCCCAGCCCGGACUCGUCCCCCAGUCUCUGCCGGGUCAGAUGCCGGCGCAGUCCAUCUCCAUCAACUCGCUGAACCAACAGCAACUCAAGAUGCAGGCCUUCCAGGCUCGUGCCACGCUGCCGCUGCAGCAGGCCCAGCAGGCCGCAGCGCACGCGCAGCUCAACGCCGCUGCAGCUGCCGCCGCAGCCGCCGCCGUGCCUGGACAGAUGGUCCGGCCCCCGAUGCAGAAUCUGCCCCGCCCCCCUCGGCCACCUCUGAAUGCCACCAUCCCCCCUCCAAGCAGCACGGCAGGGGUCGGAGGUCAGAUGAUGACCACACAGGUGCCACAGCAUCCCAUGAUGUCAUCACCCUCACCUGGGCAGGGGGGCCCCCCUCAAAUGCUGCCUCCCCCCCAGCCGUCCCCGCAGCCCCCCUCCUCCCAGCCCAACUCGGCCAGCUCCGGCCCCACGCCGUCUCCGGGCGGCUUCCAGCCCAGCCCCUCCCCUCAGCCGUCGCCGAGCCCGGUCACCGCCAGAACCCCCCAGCAGAACCAUGGGGUGGCUUCGCCCGGGCCCCUCAACACGCCAGGUAACCCCGGGUCGGCCAUGAGUCCGGCUGGAGCCACGUCUCUGGAGGAGCAGCAGUACAUGGAGAAGCUCAAGCAGCUGUCCAAAUACAUCGAGCCGCUUCGCCGGAUGAUCAACAAGAUCGAUAAGAACGAAGACAGGAAGAAAGAUCUGAGCAAGAUGAAGAGUCUGCUGAACAUCCUGACUGAUCCAACCAUCAGGUGUCCUCUGAAGACGCUGCAGAAAUGCGAAAUCGCUUUGGAGAAGCUGAAGAACGACAUGGCCGUGCCGACGCCGCCCCCCCCUCCGGUUCCCACCAAGCAGCAGUAUCUGUGCCAGCCGCUGCUGGACGCCGUCAUGGCCAACAUCCGCUCCCCGGUCUUCAACCACUCCCUGUACCGGACCUUCGCCCCCGCCAUGAGCGCCAUCCACGAGCCGCCCAUCACGGGGCCCAACGUCUGCGGGAGGAAGAGGAAGCACGAGGAAGACGAGCGGCAGACCAUCCCCAACAUCCUGCAAGGGGAGGUAGCGCGCCUCGACGUCAAGUUCCUGGUCAACCUGGACCCGGCCUUCUGCAGCAACAACGGCACCGUGCACCUCAUCUGCAAGCUGGACGAUAAAAACCUGCCCAGCGUUCCUCCGCUGCAGCUCAGCGUUCCUGCAGACUACCCGGAUCAGAGUCCGCACUGGGCCGACGACGGAGACCAGUACGGUGCCAACGGCUUCCUGCAGACGGUCCACAGGAACAUGACGUCCAAACUGCUGCAGCUUCCUGACAAACACUCGGUGACGGAGCUGCUCAACACCUGGGCCCAGAGCGUCCGGCAAGCCUGCCUGUCCGCCGCCUGAAGCCCCGCCCACUGCUUGGAGCUCCGCCCACUCAGCCACCACAGUAUCUCACUACAUUCAGGUCCGGUUCAAACUUCACCGGAUUAAAUGAACUGCUGCUCACCUGGUUACCUGGCAAUCAAUCAGCCGCCAGCCCUGAAUGCAUCACACUUUAGUUUUUCUGUCAAACGUUUGAAACCCGGCAACAAAUAAAGAUUUAUCUGCUGUUUUUAUAAAUAAAAUCCAUUUCAUCAUGAACUUCAGUGUC